AUGGAGGGCGCAAGUGAGAUAAAUCUAAAUGAAGAAAUCGUUAUGGAGAUCCUACUGAGGUUGCCCGUCAAAUCAUUGAUAAAAUUCAACUGUGUUUGUAGAGGUUGGCGUGAUUUGAUCAAUAGUCGUCGCUUCAUCAAUAUGCAUCUCUGCCUUGCGCAAAGCACGGAGUACAUAAUCGUCAAGCGUUUAAGAGAUGAAGAUAACAAAAAUGUGUUGUCAUUCCAUUCUCCAGCUGAUGAAUCUCUUCUAGCUGCAGCCCCUGAAUUGGAGCUGCCUGAACUUGAUGAAGCUAAUUGGCCCCUGCAGCUAAUUGGCCCCUGCAAUGGGAUAGUUUGCCUCAGGGAUUUUCAUGAAGGAAUACAUUUGUGUAAUCCAAUGAUGCGAAAAUUUCGAACACUUCCUCAGAGUUCCUUUGGCAGCCCAGGAGGAUUCCUCCGACAGACACAUGUUGUGGGGUUGGGGUUUGACAGCACUAUUGACGACUACAAGGUCGUCAGAAUUUUUGAAUCCUCCCUUUAUGAUUUUCGAGCUGAGAUAUACAACUUGAGUACUGAUUCUUGGAGACAAGUGGAUGCCAUUCUGCCACCAGUUAUACUUCGCGAUUGUUUCGACCUACUUUUCAACGGAUUUUUCCAUUGGAGCGCAGGCCCGAAAUCUAGCCCGCAUAUUCUUUCUUUUGAUACGGGAGCUGAGGUAUUCAAAGAGAUCAAGUAUCCUAAUGGCUGGCUAGGAGAACAAGCAGAACCGGAAUCGGUGGGGCACAGUCUUGUUGUUUUAGAUGAUUCCAUGGCGUUGAUUUUAUUUUCAAGAGGAGGCAGAUUGUUAAAUAGUGAAUUGUAUGACAAUUCAGAACAGUACAUUGAGAUAUGGGCAAUGAUGGAAUACGGUGUUGAGGAGUCUUGGGUAAAGAAGUUUUUCUUGGGACCUUUUUCAGGAAUCCAGUGCAUAUUAUCUUUUUGGAACAAUGACAAACUCCUUGCAGAUUGUUGCAAGCAGUUGGUUUCAUUUGGUAUCCAAAAUGAUUCCAUGUUGAAGAAAUAUGAUAUUAAAGGAUUUUACCUACAACUCGUAAUUCUAAAGGAAAGUUUGGUUUCUCUCUAUUGA